AUGAAUACAGUGCUCACAAGGGGAGAACAGAUUCAUGUUUAUGCUGUUAACAUCCAGUUUGAUGGAAAUGUUUUUGUUGUCACUGGGCUUGUUAAUAUGUAUUCCAAAUGCUACUCUCAAAAUGGUGACUUACACAAAGCAAUCAAGUGUUUUCAAGACAUGAGAUCAGAAGGGGUUGGCAGCUUGUGCAGCCGUUUCUGCUCUUGGGUUUGGGUUGCAGGAUUGGAAGAGGAAGCACGUCGUUGUCUCAAAAAAUGUGUGAAAAAUAUGGAUAUUGAUGAUUUUACAUACCCUUCAGUUCUAAACUGCCGUGCUUCCAAAACGGAUAUGGAAAAUGCAAAAUCUUUUUGGAAUUUGGGCAACAAGUUCAUGGGAGUUCUAUCGAACUUUGCUCUGGUGCAUCCUUAUCAGUCAACAAUUCACGCGAUCAUGACAAUAGAGAAGGAGUCUCUACAGUUCUAUGAUGAGAUUAUUGCGAGUGGCACAAAACCUCACUUUAUUACUUUUAUUGGCUUGCUAUUGCUAUUCGCCCGCAGCCAUGCUGGUCUUACUGAACAUGGGCACCACUACUUGGAAUCCAUGGAUAAAGUUUAUGGGAUAAAACCAGGUCCUGAUCACUAUGCAUGUACGAUUGACCUUUUGGGCUGCUCAGGAAAGAUGCGUGAAGCCAAGGAGUUACUCAAUGAAAUGGUUGUGGAACCUGAUGCAAUUGUGUGGAAAGCAUUGCUUGCUGGCAUGUACACUCAUGUGUCCCCACUUGUUUCUACACUUUUCAUCUCUCUCUCUCUCUCAACAUACACGUUUGCGUUCUCCUUCUGGAUUUCAAUAUCGUUUUUCAAGAUGACCCAUCACUCAAAGCGUGUUCUUCUUUCUUCUGCAGACUCUUGUGCAUUGAAUUUUUGUACUAUUUUGUGUUCGUGGUGUAUCCUUCCUUCUUUAUUGUCUUUUGUAUUUUUAUUCAAUGGUUAGGGAUGAUCGGGUCA